AACUUGGGUAUAAAAGCAGUAAGGCUCAAUUCUAUCAUUGAGGCCAGUGACUACCUCUACAGCUACACCUCCAUAACUAACUACACUGCUGUGGAUCCACUAUUGGGUGACUCAAGUCAUGUUGAACUGCUGGCUGCACUUUUACAUCAGAAAGGGAUGUAUCUCUUAAUGGAUAUACCACUAUCUUCUCUUCAGACUGAAGUUUCAGACAGCAGCUAUGGUGUGAGUCUGGCAGAAGUGUACCCAGUGCUCAAGUACUGGUUGUCUCUUGGCGUUGAUGGCUUCUUCUUCCCAGACAUCACUGAGUACUCAGAUGACCCAGGGCUUGUGGAGGCUAUGUACAAGUGGAGGAAUGUAUUGGAUCAGUUUAGCAGUGGCUCAGAGCACAGAGUGAUGAUGGUUCCUGUUGCUCUGCUGGAGAAACUCAAAUCUGCUGAAUUUACUCAUCUUGACCACCUUCUUCACCUCGUAGACCUGAUUGAUGUUCCUGUUAACCUCACUGGAUCGGCUGAGAUGAUUCCAGAAGUUUUGAAGUCAGCUACUGCCUGGGACAGCCAUGCUUCAUUACCAUGGAUCAAUUGGAACAUGGGAGGAAUAGAGAGAGAGCGUGUUGCUGCCCUGACCCACCAUCACCCACUUGGCCGGUCAUUGUUGUUGCUCUUCUUCCCAGGAACCAUCACCCUGUAUUAUGGAGAUGAGCUUGGUCUCUCUCAAGCUUCACAGGAAAGAGGAUGGUCAUCAAUCAUGCACUGGAAUGGAGGCAAACAUGCUGGCUUCAGCUCAGUGGAACCUUGGCAAGAUUUACCAGAGGGGUGGGAAGACAACAAUGUGGAGGCCACAAAUGACACCAUCUCCUCACUUACUACCAUGAUCUCUGCUCGACAGAAAAAGGUCCCCAUCUACAUCAAUGGCAUAUUUGACUAUCAGGGAGAUUACCACCCCAUCAAGUCAGCAAACUACAGGGUGAGGCAUGCAGAUCAUGGGCUAAUCAUUAUAGAUCGGUUUUAUCCUCGACGAAAUCAGUACGCUGUAGUCGCUAACCUGGGCCCUAAUACUGUUAACCAAGACCUCUCUCGUUUCUACUUUGGAGGCUCGGUGUUAGCCUCAUCUCAUGGUCAGUCUGGUUAUGUAAUGUUCCGAAAUAUAAGUUUACAACCCGGAGAAGCUCUGGCUUGUAUAUUAGACUUAUAAAUAUUACAAUCAAAUGUAAACAUAAUUACUUUGUAAAGAACACAUAAUAUAUAAUUUUUUAAGCUGUAUUAAAAAUGAGUGAAUGUGCCAUGUAAAACGGGUAAUAUCUCAAGAUUAACGAUUUUCCGUUUAGCAGCGCAUUUGAUAUUAUGCAGUACUGAUAAUUGAUCAAUUAUCAAAAUAAGUUAAUGUUAAUUUUCACAAGAACUGUAAGGAAAAAGUAAGUGGUACUCUUAAGUUAGUUUAUAAAAAUUGCUGCAGUGACAUCAAACUUUCCUCUCACAGUGGACUGUUAUGGAUAAUUUAAUUAUUUGAAGCUCCUGACCUAACAUUGAAUUAAAAUGGGAGUAAACAAGUCACCUUAUUUGCAUGUUUGAAAUAUGUCAUAAAAGAUGCAUAUGGCAUUGAGUAAUACUGUGGUUAUGAUUAUGCACAUUCAUAUUUUAUGCUUUUUAGUGAGUGACUUUCAGUAUAUCAUAUACUGCACCAGUACAGUAUUAGUGAAAGUAUUUUUAAGUACUGUAUUUGAGGUUUAGCUUUUUAUCUUUGUUGAAUAGGCACUAAUGCCAGUUAGUGUCAUAAUUAGGCCUCAGAGUAAGGUAAACAUCCUCAGCUAUAAUGGUUUGUAUUAAUAUAUAAUGCUAUUGUAUUAAUUAUAUUUAUAGCUUGAGAGAAGUGAGACGAAGACUAAUGUUAUUGUGGAUGGAGAGUGUAUGGAUAUUGAAGUGUAAUGUUUCAGAUAUGAGGGAGUCCAUGUGUCAGUAAGUGAUGAAAUGAACCUCAAAAUAAUGAAGGAAAAGAAAAUAUUACAGUACAUGAAUUGAAAGAGGCAAGUGCAUCAAAAGAGGUAAAGAUGGGAUGUACAGGUGAAGCAUGGAUUCUGGAUGGAAGAGGAAGAAGUAAUACAAGAGAUGAAGGAGCACGGCAGUCGAGUAGAUACAGUGCUCGCCUCCUGUUCCGGGGAUUGGUAGUUCGAGUCUUGGGCACUCCCAGUUCACCCAGCUGUAAAUGGGUACCUAAGUUUACAACUUGAGGAAGUGAAUGCGGUUGAGUGCAGUACUGGCCAUGCUGCCUCCUUAUGUACUGAAAGCUUAAUAUACAGUGUGCUGUAUCCACACUGUCCCUUACAGGCAGUCAUGCCUAUGGGACCCACUUUUAUAAAUGAUGAGCUUGAGUGCGAUAUUUUUGUUAUAUAUGAUGAGUAGCAUAAGUAAAGACACAGGGAGGUUUAGAAGUGAAAGUAUUGGGCAGAGCAUGGAUCAGGGUCUACUUGGGUGGUAUGGUCACACUCAGAGGAUAGGAAGUGAAUGGCUGGUAAAGAGAAUAUAUAAUUCAUAGGUGAAUGGUAAGGAUAGGGACCCAUCAAGGAGGACAUGGAAGGAUGGGUUGAAGUGAGGGGAAUGAACAUCCAGGAAAUAGCUAUGUGGUAAAUGAAAUGUUUGGUGACAAGUGAUUUCAGGGAAAGGAUAUGUUGGUGACAGGUAAUGCUGGCUUGUGUGUGUGAAGUGGUGGGGGUAAACCAGGUUUGGAGCCUUAUUGUGGAAGGGGAGUACCAUAACUGGAGACAUUUUAUGGCUGUAAGAAUGAAUGGAUGACUUGUGUGAAGGUAACAUAUACAGAACACGUGUAUUUGAGAGAAAGGGUAUACCUGAUUUUAUUUUGGUCAAGUGACUCCAAAAAAAAUUAGGCCAAAAGUGAAUCAAGGGGACAGGAGCGUCCUUAUGUAAAAUACGUUUCAUGUUCAUAGCUUUUUUCUAAUGUUAGGACCUGUUUCUCAUCACCUUAAAGCUGUCAAAAGAUCCAACAGAAAUGCUUAGAGAUCAGUUGAAGAAAUCUGCAAAUGGAUUUGGCUGCCACUUCUUGUUUUGGCAAACAAAUGUGAUGAUAAUAAAAUAGAGUACAGGUAUAGAUAAUUUGACCUCCCUUGGUAAUGAACAAUAAAUUGUUAAAACAUCGUA